AUGAAACAUAAUGCUCUUGGUGAAUGUUUAGAGCCAGCUCUCGGUCUCGCGGUGGGCUUAGCACCAGAAAUGGGUCUUGGUUAUGGACCGGGACUUGCUGAAGGAUAUGGACCAGGUUUGGCUCCAGGCUUUGGUUAUGGGUAUGGUUUUGGACCUGCGCCGUACGGUCCUGGUCCUUAUGGCCCUGGUCCUGCUUAUGGUCCCAGUUAUGGAGGUGCCGGUGUAGGUGACGUGGAGAUUGCUGGUGAGAUGCCAGUCGCUGGUACCACAGUGGUGGCAGGACAAGUGCCGAUACUUGGUGCGGUUCAGUUCGGUGGUGAUAUACCAGCUGGUGGCGUGGUCACUAUUUCUGGAAGAUGUGGUUGUGGAUGCAACGGACCAUAUAUGUAUUAA